AAUGUCUUGAUCAGGUUGUCACUUACCUGUUGUACGACGGUUAAUUUUGUAUAGUAUAUUCAAGGUAAGCACUUAAAUAUGAUACAUCAAAUGGAAACUUAUAUAAUGCUAAAGCAGAAGGUGUUAAAGUAAAAAGAAAUCAAGAAACAUGGCUGUAUAGGAAAUUCGGAGGUAAAAUUAUUUAUUUCGAUAACACCUGUUAUUUGCUAAGGUAAAUAUGGCUGAUAACUCUGAACUGCGUCAAGAUAUGCGAAACAUAUACUCCAAUUUGCCUCCAAAAUUUAAUUCCCAGGCUCCUGCUUCAUCUUCAGCACCUGAUGAAGUAAAUCAAUCGUCUACAUAUGGGCGAAUAAUAGCGAAACCAACUGCAGCAGUUCAAGGUAACAGCUUUGCUUACUGUUGUGGAGAGCAGAAUAAAUUAGUUCAUUCCAACAUAAGUUUUCCUUGGGAUGUUUCUCAAGGAUCAGGCUCUUGUAUAUUGUCUGCACAAAGUGACAAGAAGACAGGCGGGCAAAUCUCAUUUUCCAAGUCUGAGAAGACACAUAGCAUUGCUACUUAUCCUGGAAAACAUGUUAAGCAGGCAUCUGAACAGUUUUCUGUGGGAUAUCAGACAAUGCAUCCUAAUUCUGGUUGCUCUGAUGUUACCUUUGAAACGGAUAGUUCAAAUCCUGUGUAUGAAAAUAUUAGAGAUUUACAUUCUGCAGAAAAUCAGAAUAAAAGUCCUUGCCAACAAAAUUCAAAUCCACCAUUUCAGGGUGUUAAACCUGUAGCAGCCCACAAUAUUGAUUAUAAUUCUAUUCUUAUGCCUGCAUCUUGUACUGUUGUAAAUAGUCCUAUUUAUGCUAAUAUCCAUGAAGUUAAAAAUGAUAGUCAAUCAACUGCUAAUCAGGCUUCCAAACAAAGCAUUCCAGAAAAAAUGUCUGCCACUGAUAUGGCUAAUAGAUCUAUACCAAAUUCAAUGUCUGCAGGUCAGCAUUUUAUUGGAUUUCAUGUGUCAGACAGCACACCUGUUAGUGGUUAUGGUAAUGCUGUUCCUAAAGAAGACAAAUCAGAUGGGAAUGUUGGCCAAAUAAAUAUUGAGGAAGUUUCUGAAAAAAUGACAUGCCUCUCGGUUAAAAAGGAGAAAAAGAAAGUUUCAUUCUCAGCAAUAGGAUCAGAUGAGAGUGAAGAGUCUGAAGAUGAGAAAUCUAUUGAAAGUACAGCAGCUACUGACUCUAGUUCUAGUAAUAUACCUGUUAAUUAUUUCAAAGAUGACUUCAAACCAAAUACUCUGAAUUCAAAAACUUUGCUUCCAUAUAAUAUCACGCCCCCAAGAGGAAAAGAGCCAACUGAAGCUGAGAAGAAGGUUGAAGCUCUUAUGAGAGAAAUUGAGGAUGAAAUGGAAAAUAACCCAUCGGAAAGUGAUUAUUUUGGCAUUUGUCACAUUUGUGGAGAAAAGGUGUCUGGCGCUGGACAAGCAUGUCAAGCUAUGGGAAACUUGUAUCAUACUAACUGUUUCAUUUGCUGCUCUUGUGGUAGAGCAUUAAGAGGAAAAGCAUUUUAUAAUGUCCAUGGCAAAGUUUAUUGUGAAGAAGACUAUUUGUAUUCUGGUUUUCAACAAACAGCUGAGAAAUGUGCAGUGUGUGAGCAUUUAAUUAUGGAAAUGAUAUUGCAAGCCAUGGGGCGAUCUUAUCAUCCUGGGUGUUUUAGAUGUUGUGUUUGUAAUCAGUGUUUAGAUGGUGUUAGAUUUACUGUUGAUAUGGAUAACAAAAUAUAUUGUGUUGAAGAUUAUCAUAUGAUUUAUGCUCCUAAAUGUGCUAUGUGUGGGAAAGCCAUAACGCCUGUAGAGGGUACAGAUGAAACUGUUAGAGUUGUGUCUAUGGAUAAAGACUUUCAUGUCGAUUGUUACAUUUGUGAAGAUUGUGGUUUGCAAUUAACUGAUGAGCCCGAUAAACGGUGUUAUCCUCUGGAUGGACAUCUUCUUUGUCGCAAUUGUCACCUAAAUAGACUAGAAUCGCUGGGUAAAGCACCUAGUGCGCAAUUGCAAAGAUCACUUCAAAUAAGUGACUUAUAAUAUAAUAUUGCAAUUUAAAUUAUGUGAAUAAUUAAGCUGGUGCAUCAAAAUUUAUUUUCAUUGAAAUAUGCUUUCAUACUGUAUGUUAUAAAUUAUUGCUAUUUUUUCAUAGUUUUGUCCUAAAAAAUGGAUUUUCAUAAGUAUAGUCCUCGAAUGUCCAUAUAUGCAUACCAACAGAUUUUCAUUUUAUAAGAUAUUAAAUAUAUUAUAAAAUUGAUAAAGAAUGAUGACUUAUACGGAAAAGUAAAAAUUCCUCUUAGCUUUAGCUGUGCAAUUAAACAUGGGAUGAUUUGAAUGAAAGUGUAAAUUUUCAUUCGUAAUAUAUAUUAGAUUGAUCAAUAUGUGGAACAGAUAAAACGUCAUCUGGUAUCCCCGAAGUUUAUAUCAGUUUCGACAUUACAGCUUUUUAAAACUUUGAGCUGAAAAUGCGGAAGAGUGCUUAAAAAAGCGCGUAAAUUAUUUAAAUCAAUGAAUAAAAAUUUUAAAUUUUACAGCUGUUCUUAUACAUUCUACUUUCAAAAACUAAUUAGUAUAAGUAAGCAAGCACAUGUCAGAAAAAAUGAAUGGUAAGCAAUGUAUUAAAUGCUACUAUCAUGUAGUAGUUUAUCAUCAUACUUGUAACAACAAGAUCUAAGAUUUUUAUGUUUUGAAAUUUGCUAACCUGAAGAAUAAUACUCUUUUGAAUUCUUGUGGCAUUUUAAUGCUGUCUAAAGGUAAUUAUCUAAAGGAAAUUCUUAUUGUAUUCAAAUGCAUUUCUGCAUGUCUUGUUUGUUGGAAUAUGAAGAUAAAAUUAAUUAUAAAUGUGUAUUUACUAACCUGAAAAAAUGGUUAUAUUAAAGCGUUUCAUAAUCUAUGUGGUUUGGAUCCAAACGAUCUUUUCCUUAUAGAUUAAUAGUUGCGUGUAGUAUCUAUCUGUAUAUUUGCUGGUAUCAUUGAAUAUUUGAAGCAACAAAGUCAUUAUUAAUUAUAUUCAACCCAAUCGUAUUUUAAGAAAUGUUGGUUUUCUUGUGUACUUUGUUUUCUUUGAAUAUUGAUCGAAUUAUGCUUUUUUUUUUUUUAAAUU